CAUUCCGAAAAGUGUCACUCGCAAUAUUAGGCAAGAAUCCAUCUUCUCAUCUGCCCCUGUCCCGCGCACAAUUCCCACCGGUCCAGUCUGCAACUAUCUCAAAUCACACCUUAUUCAGGCUUCCUGAAGAUCUCCAAAUCUACCUCCGGUGCCACCUGCAGCACUGCGACCAUCUCAGAAAUACAACUUUAACUUGCACUUAAGAAACUGAUUCAAACUUUUUUGGGCUGCCAAUGAACCCUCAAGAAUAUAAAAUCGGCGGGGGCUCGAGGAAGUGUGUUUGUCAAAUUCUUUAGUACCUGCCUUUCGUUGGACAGCCCAUGACGUCAUGAAAACGCAGAGCCCCAGUGGUUACAGGAGCACUUUAGCCGACUCUUUUGCGCGUUUCUUUUAUAGUUUUCGCCGUGCACCUUCUCUCUAUGGUAUUGUAUUUUGCGUGUUAAUGUAAAGCCGCGGUGGCGCAGGAAACUACGGGAGCAGGUGGAUGAGUUGUCUUUGGGGACGUCAGGAGCCAUAGCUACAUCACUGACCACACCAUUCUUAGGCAGUGGAUAAAUAUAUCAACAGGUAGCACAUGCCCUGAGUGGUGGCUGAGAUGACAGGCCCCCGCCGGAUCACCUCAACCAGCCUCCUUCUCUUCAGGAGGCUUUUAUUGGCACUUAUGACGAUACACACAGCUUUGGGGGGAGACAAGACAGAAAGGUGCGAUGGUCGAGACUGCUCGGUCUGCCAGUGUUUCCCCCCCAAAGGAGAGAGGGGGAAUCCUGGUGUGUUAGGUCAGCAGGGCAUGCAGGGGUUUCCAGGUUUGCCUGGCCCCCAAGGACUUCGUGGUGAAAAGGGUCAGCGUGGACCCAUAGGCUUGCCUGGGCUCUCUGGCCCGGAAGGAGACCAAGGCUUUCAAGGAGAUCAAGGCUAUGCUGGAUUGGGUGGAGUGCCUGGUCAUCCAGGGCCUGGUGGUCUUCCGGGGCUUCCAGGGAAGGAUGGCUGUAAUGGAACCAGAGGGCAGCGUGGGUUGAAUGGUGAGACAGGACGACCUGGCUUCCCAGGACCAAUGGGGCUACCUGGGUUAAAAGGAGCCAAAGGAGACCCGUCUAUGAGGACAAGGUUCCUUCCUGGAACACCUGGUGUCGAUGGACUACCUGGAAUACCUGGACCAGAAGGGCUAAAAGGGGUCUUUGGCCCACAAGGUCCACCAGGACGAAUGGGACCUAAUGGAUAUAUGGGCUUACAAGGAUUACCAGGUCCAAGAGGCCUACCCGGAGACCCAGGAAGAUCACUGUCUGGACCAAAAGGAGUUGAGGGGGAACAGGGGGAACAGGGUAAACCAGGUCCUUUUGAAUAUGUGGAGCCCAACCCAGAAGACUGUUUAAAAGGCGAAAAGGGGAGGAAAGGACAGAAAGGAAUUUGUGGACCACCUGGCCCAGGGGGUUUUGAAGGGCAUCCAGCAGAAAAAGGAGAGAAAGGCAUAAUUGGUUUACCUGGUCUCAGAGGCCCGCCUGGAUAUCCAGGAAGAAAUGGCUUUCCAGGAUAUAAGGGGGCACUAGGGGAAAAUGGUCUCCCUGGUCUAUUUGGCAACCCAGGGCCAAAGGGCUACCCAGGAGACCCCGGACCUAAAGGAAACCCAAAAUACCAUUACAACAAUAUGAUGGGAGUACCUGGAGACCGCGGGCUUCCUGGUGCAGCUGGACCUCCUGGUGAUAGAGGGCCGACGGGUAUACCUGGAGUCCCUGGUUAUCCAGGAGCAUCUAUAAAAGGUCCAGUGGGUGAAUCUGGUUUACAGGGUUUAAAUGGACCUAAAGGAGAAAAAGGUGACCCAGGAAAAAUAUACGGGGCAUACUUAAACUAUGGGGAACCUGGAAAACGUGGCCCUCCUGGACCCAAAGGACAAAAAGGAAUUCCUGGUAAUCCUGUUUGCGGUUACUACUGCCUGCCUGGUGAGCGUGGAGAAUCUGGACAGGUUGGAAAUAGAGGGCCUCCUGGAUUAAAAGGUGUUCAGGGGAGAAAAGGUCCUGAUGGGAGAUGUGCAUGUGAACCCCUUGGUGAUAUACCUGGCGAUCCUGGCCUCCCAGGCCUUCAGGGUGUCCCUGGUUAUCCAGGGCAAAAAGGGUUCCAGGGUCCUCCUGGUGAUGUCGGACCCAUUGGAGAUAUGGGUGGGAGAGGUGUAACUGGUCCCAGAGGCUUCACAGGUGUCAGAGGGCUUAAAGGAGAGAAAGGAGAAGUUAGGAUGAUCUGCACAAAGGGGGAGAAAGGUGACGUUGGAUCUGUUGGUCCAUUUGGAAAACCAGGGUAUAAUGGGAGAAAAGGAGCUGAUGGGAAGAUGGGGGCCCCUGGAGAUCCUGGAUCUAUGGUAGAUAGUGUUGUUGGUCCACCAGGUGACAGGGGGAGUCCAGGACCUGUUGGUGUAAAAGGCCGCAGAGGUCCACCUGGUCCUCCUGGCCCAAAUAUGAUGGGGUCAGUUGGGCGACGGGGGGAACCAGGGGAACCAGGACCUCAAGGCCAGACGGGACCCCCUGGUUCUAAAGGCGUUCAAGGUGAUACCCCGCCCUGUGCACCUGGCAUACGUGGAGUCCCUGGUUCUAAAGGAAUGCCUGGACGUAAAGGUGAGAUAGGUAAGCUUGGAAAUCCAGGAUGCAAAGGACAAACUGGACCAGAUGGUCCCAAGGGAGAGUGUGGAGACCCUGGCGAUAGUGGGUUAGCAGGAUCUCAAGGCCCAGUUGGAUAUUUAGGAGAUCCAGGUGACACUGGCCCAGAUGGCAUGAGUAUUGGUGGCUCACCUGGCACACCUGGUAAUCGUGGACCCCAGGGUCUGAAAGGGUCUUUUGGGAACUCUAUUCCAGGGGCCCCAGGACCGAAGGGGCCCAGUGGGGUUCAGGGAUGUCAGGGCCCUAAAGGUGUACCUGGACCUCCUGGACCAAUUGGAUUGCAAGGUGCAUCUGGAGUUCAUGGACUUCCCGGUAGAAAAGGGGAAAAAGGAAUGGGUGGUACACCAGGAGCACCUGGUUGCCCAGGUAGGGGACCAGAGCUGUGUGACAAAGGACAAGCUGGUCCACCUGGUAAACCAGGAUCACCAGGCUUCACUGGACGGAGAGGCUGCCCUGGAGAGAAAGGACCACCUGGGGGGGUGGGAUCUCCAGGCAUUGGAGUCAAAGGACAACGUGGUAAGCCUGGUACCCCAGGCUUUCAGGGACGCACAGGCCUUCAGGGACCUUCAGGACUCCAAGGGGACUGUGGAAACCCUGGAGGUCCUGGACCAAAGGGUUUGCCUGGAUUUCCUGGUCAAGAUGGCUGUCCUGGCAACAUAGGGAAACCUGGCCCUUUGGGAGCUCCUGGACCGAAAGGCUUUAAGGGUCUCAAUGGAUAUCCAGGUUUCCCAGGGGUAAACGGAAACAAGGGCCAAAAAGGAUGCAUUGGGCCUCCAGGACCUCCGGGAGACAUGAUUUCAGUGCCAUUGAAAGGCCAGCUAGGGCCACCUGGACUUAAUGGGGAGAAUGGGGUCUGUGGAGAAAGGGGUAAUAAGGGUGACCCAGGGCAGCCUGGACAACCAGGGUAUCCCGGACGUAAUGGACCUCCAGGGUUUGAAAGUGGCCAGCGUGGACCGCCAGGCCUUCCUGGGUUGUGCGGCCCGCCUGGUGCACCUGGGCAAUGUGGGCCAAAGGGAAUUGUAGGAUUCCCAGGGGAUAAUGGUGAUCCAGGUGAUCCUGGAAUGUCUGGUCCGCCAGGAAUCCCUGGCUUCCCUGGGUUUGAUGGUCCUAAAGGUGACAAAGGUGAAUCUGUUGGUGGGCCUGGACCAACAGGAGAGAGAGGUCCAUGUGGAGAAAGAGGCGUGUCAGCUCCCCCUGGUGGCAAAGGAGACUGUGGUGACCCUGGCCCACAAGGGCCUAGGGGAAGUUCUGGUCCACCUGGACCACCUGGGAACAAUGGCCUGACUGGACCUCCAGGAGUGGUUGGGCCACCAGGUCCAUAUGGAAGACAUGGUCCAGAAGGUCCUGUGGGGCCACCAGGUAAACCAGGCCCUAAAGGAAACCCAGGAUGCGGUGGCCUUAGAGGACCUCCGGGGCCCCCAGGGCUCCAUGGACUUGACGGCCUGAAGGGGGACAAGGGUGAAAUGGGAUAUCGAGGAGAGGAUUUAAGCGGUGGUAGAGGCAAUAUAGGACCAUUUGGAGACAAGGGCACUCCAGGAGACCCAGGGUCGCAAUGUCCAUCAAAAACAGGUGUUCGAGGUCCAAAAGGACAGUGUGGGAGCCAAGGAGACCCUGGUCCAAUGGGUCCUGCAGGCUUUCGUGGUGAAGAAUGUAAGAUUCCUAAACCCGGACCUACUGGAGAACGGGGUUUUGCUGGGCCAGAUGGACCUCCAGGGCCCAUGGGAGCGAUAGGAGAAGCAGGCAGUGUGUUCACAGUGAGUGGUGAUUUUGGUGAACCAGGUCGUCCUGGGUCACCAGGGUAUAAAGGAGAAAAAGGAAUCCAUGGGCCCAGUGGCCGCCCAGGGUAUGAUGGCCUAGAAGGUCCUAAAGGUGAAAAAGGACAAUGUGGACCUAUGGGCCUUCCGGGACCCUCUGGCCCCGUCGGAGGUUGUGGACCCCCAGGACUUUGUGGUGCAAAAGGAGACAAAGGGGACCCAGGGCCAAAAGGAGAGCCUGGGGCUGUCAAACGUUCUGCUACUUCUUGUCUCCCUUCUCGUGGUCCUACUGGUGCUCGUGGUGCACCUGGCCCGGUUGGUGACGUUGGUGAUCAUGGAUCUAAUGGCAUUGAGGGUCUGAAAGGUAUAAAGGGCCAAAAAGGAGAUAUUGGAUUAUCUGGACUUUCUGGGAAAGAAGGACCAGUCGGACUACCUGGAAGCCCUGGAGAGGGCGGCGAGAAAGGAGAAAUCGGCUCUCGGGGACCCCCAGGAUCAGAUGGUGAUCAGGGUCCUCCUGGACAGCUUUCCUCUGGCUUUCUUUUGGUGAAGCACAGCCAGUCUUUGGAGGUGCCCACUUGUCCUGAGGGAUUAAGAGAGUUAUGGAAUGGCUACAGCCUACUAUAUCUGGAGGGUCAAGAGAGAGCACACACACAAGACCUGGGCCAGGCAGGUUCAUGUCUGCGUAUGUUCAGCACCAUGCCAUUCUCCAGCUGUAAUAUGAACACCUGUGAUUAUGCCAGUCGCAAUGACAAAUCCUACUGGCUGUCUACAACUGCCUCAAUUCCCGUAAAUAUAAUUCUGAGGGAGAUGGAAAUUAAAGAACACAUCAGCAGAUGUGUGGUCUGUGAGGCGUCAUCGCCAGCCAUUACAUUACACAGUCAAGACGAGACUGAACCAAGUUGUCCAUCCAAUUGGAGAAAACUCUGGUUUGGAUAUUCAUUUCUUAUGCAUACAGGAUCAGGGGACGAGGGAGGUGGACAGUCUCUGACAUCGACAGGAAGCUGUUUGCAGAGCUUCCGCAGUCAGCCGUUCGUGGAGUGCCAAGGUUCGUUUGGCACGUGCCAGUAUUCCCCCACCUUCUACAGUUUCUGGCUGACUAGAGUGAACAUGCAGCAGUUUGACUCGGUUCCCCACAGUACUUUGCUCACCGAACAGAACCAGCAGCAAAGCAUCAGCUUAUGCAGCGUCUGCAUGAAGAACAACUGACACACGUCACUCGUGUUUUCUUAAAUAAACUGCACUGAGAAUGCACAUCAACAGGUCACCACAGUGGAAGUGAUUGAGAUGCUUUUGGUCACUUUUAUUGGAGAAGAUAAAAAGGACAUAAUUUGUGAAAAGCUGUGAACUUUUUACUUCACUGGAUUGGUUCCCACAUAACCCAUUCUACUAUGACUUCCUUUGUCUUCUCGUUUGUAUUACAUUUUGGUGCUAGCAAAAACCAAGACCAUUUGCACAAAUACCUAUAUACCAAUGUUCCUUUUCUCCUUCGUAUCAGCAAGUAUUACAUUUGCGCACAUCAAAAUAUUAUUAAUGCAAUAUUGUAUUGGUAUUACAAUUAUUAGAAUGCCAUUUUUAACCAAAACAUAUCAUGAAUACUGAACCUUGAGAACAAAACUCACAAGAUCCAGUGAAAUCAAAAAGGAAUGUCUGGUAGCGGCAGAUAGCUGAAUUGCUAUUGCUGUGACAGGUAGGUAUGUUUUGUUUUUGUUUGAUUUUUUUUCUGUAUAGAAAUCAACAAAUUACUGUUUUUUUUUUUUGUUGUUGUUGUUGUUGUUUUUUUUUUUUCAAAAGUUUUCUACACUUUGAUUUUAAACCAAGCAUUGUGCAGAAUUAAGAUCCAGUCACAUUUAUCGUUAUUUGGUGAAUUUUUUCUUCUUUUUAUUUUAUUUUUUGUAAAAAAAAAAAAAGAAAUUGUGGGUGAAAUCCAGUCAUUUCAAUAGAAAUCCAAGCGAGGUUCGAUUUUACCACGCAGAUUUCACAACUGGUUCACUACACUGUUAACAAUUGACAUUUUCCUGCGAAAUAUUACCACAGUUUUGCUAAUGUGACAACAUCUUUACUGUUUAUUGCUCUUUGAGUUAAGGAACUAGAGGAAACAUGGAUAUAUUGUCGUAAAACUACUCUGAUGUCGCAUGACGAAAACAUACCUGUGGGAACUUUUUUGCAAGAUGCGAAAUACGUAGAGACAUGUAUGUUUCGUAACAUAUUCGAUGUGAAAUGUCCACUGAGUGGCACUAAAAGAUUGUUCUUUUUUUUUUUCACGGAACAGAUGAACGUACAUAUGGUACUUAUAUGACGUUGGUUUUGUACGCGUCACUGCAGUUCUGACUUGAAAUGUCUGUUGAGUGGCACCGUGACAUUUUAAAAUAACGUACCAUCUGCACAACCUCUAACCUUACCACUACACCUAACUUAACCUACCCGAUAAUAUGAACAAAAGCAAAUGUGACAUAAGAACGCAAUCUCAGGCAUGCGUCAUGUUUAUCACGGGAUUCGUGACCGAGCAAGCUUGUUAUGUCCGGAAAUCAAAAAAGUGAACAUGGAGCUGUAAUCAUAACUGUACGAAAACGAUUACAAGUGCUCACUGUUUUACCUUCUCUAGUGUUCAGUUUUGUUGGAAACUGCAGUGAUAUGUACUAAUUGGUACGUAUUUCGCGACUUGCGAAAAAGUUACCACGGGUACGUUACGUUUUCGUCAUGAGAUCAAGUAACUUAGCUAACAACAAAUUAACCAUGGUUUUGCUACACUAACCAUAGUUUAACCAUGGUAAUUGUAGUUAAAGUGUGGUUAUACAAAUGGAAAUAAAUCUGGGGGAAAAAAACAAUGGUUACUAUAAUAAAACCAUAGUUAAUUUACGUUAAGGAAAUAUUAGCCUUGUUAAUGCUAUGCUCUGCUGGUUGAACUACAACAACUAGCUCACUAACGUUAGCUGUUUUUAGUCAACAAGCUGAGAGAACUGAAAUUCCAUUUGUCUUUAGAUUCUACAACUUGAACCAACAAACAUUUUAGUGUUUCCAGAGGAUAUGUAUGUCCAUGUGGCAAAAACUAGCAUUGGCAGGUCAAUAUGGCUGUAAAUGUGAAAGGUAGGAGGAUAUAAGUCUUCAGUCAGUAGUUAGAUGUUUAAACACCCCCUUAUUUCAUUGUUUUCUAUGCAUGCAGUUUCUAAUAGACCCUUCUGACCACAAGGCACAUCUUUAAAGUACUAUUUAAUAUUAAAAAAAUAGUAAUUUCUGUAUCUUCUGGUGUUUGUGAAUGGACAGUUGCCAUUCAGCUUCCCAUUUAUCAUUAUUGGACACUUGAAAGUCUUUCGUGCUUAGUUUUUUUAUAUAUAUAUUAUUUUCCCACUAACACAAUCCUCUAAAUAAAAACUAACACCUUCAGUACUUUACAGUCCUCAUAAGGGGUCCCUAAGCAGUUUUUGUUUUGAACAUGAUAUAUUUUACAUGUGAUUGCACUGUUGACAGAACAGCUUUGCUUUAUAUUUUUACUAAAUGUCAAGAGUAUUUAUUUAGCUAGAGAUAUUUUGGUGCUAUUUUGGAUGGAAAUUAACAGUGAAUGGAAAAUGUGUUCCCUUUUAAAAGAAGUAAUUAUUAUUUUUGUCUGAUUUUGUGGGUAGAAAUGCCAUCCGCUGUGUUUGUUUGGGGACAUUUUGAUGUCUGGUUGUACUGUACUGUUAGACCUGAGCAUGGACAUACACCUAAGGACAACACAAAUUGUUAAACUCUUUCCCAAGAAGUUUGAUCUUGUUCAGUGUAACAUGCAUUUUUACAUUUAACAAUCAGGUUCAACUAUUACUGUGUAUUAAAAGUCUAAUAAAUUGUGAUUUUGUAUAACAUGCAAUAAUACCUUGGAAAAAGAAUAUAUAAACUCACCGAAGUGAGACAUCUAACGACGUUUCACAUCACUACAUCAUUUAUUGUUUUUACACUUCUUUUAUACACUAUUUUUGAGUUUUAGGAGACAUUCUGUACUAAGCACACUCACUACUGGUGCAUCCCAUUAAUAAAACCCAUAUAUUCUUCUUUUUUUAAACGUAACUCUAUACAAUUCAAACUAACACUUUUGACAAAGAGAACAUCAGCAUUCCAAAUAAUAAUAAUAAUAAUAAUAAAAA